CAACCCCUUCUCCCAUAGAAAGACUUUCCCUUUUUUAUUCUGCCCUCUCGACUUUUGGGAGGGAUAAAUUAAGGAUAAAUUAACAAAACAAAAAACAGGGAUUACCGAAAAAGAAGCAGACAAUAAUGACAUGACCUACAACUGCAAUGAAAUUCACCAUUGAAGAGGACAUAGGAGACUCCAAUCACUGUGAUGCAUUUUAGUUGGAGCAGGAGCACUUUUAGACUGGUAAUGUAAUCUUUACCAGUAACCCGUGUAAUGGAUCUUCUUGGGGGGGACGACCUAACCAGAAAUGAUGGGAACACUGCUGCUUUUACAAAAGUUAGCCUUUAGUCGUCUCACAAUCAGUAACAGUCCGCGAUAACUGCCUUGACCGACGUUAAUCUAAUCAGCGAAGGACCCUGCAAAUCCUUGGUGCAGCAAUCAAGGAGUUGCGUACCUCUCUCCCCGUCGCAGAAACAGGAGGCAGAAAGAGAAAGAAAAAAAAGUCAAGAGAAGCAGAAAGAGAGGUAGAAAGCGAAAGAGAAAGAGAAAAAGAGACAGAGAGAUCUGCAUGCAUAAUUCAAACUCUCUAUAGCGAAUCAACAAGUGAAAAAGAACCUUUCGGCCCCAUUAACAAAAAUGAAAAUCAAGAUGAAAAAAAUGAAGCUCUCGGGUGCUGCUGCUGCUACUGCUACUGCUACUGCUACUGCUGCUGCGCCCUCUGGCUCUAGCAGUGGGCUCAUUGGGUUCCCUGCUGCUGGUGGUGGUGGCGCCACAAGCCACGAGUCAGGAAACGGCCUGAUGGCGAUUGUGAAGAAGAUCAUCGUCAUUAUGGUAAUGGUUGAGAUUGUUGUCUUCCUGCCACAGACCCUCGUCUCGGCAAAGGAGGAAGAAGACAGAGACUACUGGUACAGCCAAGCCAAAAACCAGAUGGAUGAGCUGAAGGCCGCCCGCAGAGCAUCCAAAGGGUACGCGAAAAAUGUCAUCCUCUUCGUGGGUGACGGGAUGGGGCUCUCCACCGUCACAGCCGGAAGGAUACUCAAAGGACAGAGGCUGGGACAGAGCGGCGAAGGAUAUCGCCUCUCCUUCGAAAAGUUUCCCUUCAUCGCGUUGGCCAAGACGUAUAAUUUGGACUCGCAAAUAGGAGACUCCUCGGCCUGUGCAACGGCUCUCAUGUGUGGCGUGAAAGCCAAUAUCAACACCGUGGGAUUGGACCACCGGGGCAAGUUUGAGGACUGCAGGUCGUCUUACUCGUCUGGAGUUCCUUCAAUCAUCGACUGGGCGCAGAAACAUGGUAAGAGCACCGGCAUUGUCACCAACACCCGCCUGACUCACGGAACUCCCUCGGCCCUUUAUGCGAAAACUCCCUCCAGAUACUGGGAGGACGACGCCAAAGUGCCACCUCGAUCCCACGCUGCCUGUAAAGAUAUUGCUCGACAGCUUGUGGAGAAUCAGCCAGGAAGAAACAUCAAUGUGCUCCUGGGAGGAGGCCGACGUCAUUGGAUUCCUAUAACGGAAUACGACCGGGAGGAGAGGGAGCAAAGGGGCCGACGCUCCGACGGAAGGAACCUUCUCGAUGCCUGGGUUCACGACAAAAAGACCAGGAACCUGAACGCGGAAUACGUCUGGAACAAGGCUCAGUUUGAUAAUGUCGACCCUCGAUAUACCGAUUAUCUCCUAGGUAUAUUUGGGUACUCUCACUUGGACUUCGAGGCUGAUCGUAACAAAGGUCCUGAUGGAGAUCCUUCCUUAGCGGAAAUGACGGGGAAGGCUAUUGAGGUUCUUCAGAAAAAUCCUCACGGCUUUUUUCUCAUGGUAGAAGCCGGCCGCAUCGAUCAUGCCCACCACCACAACAACGGCCGCAGGGCCCUGGAGGAGGUAGACGCCCUCGACGAGGCUGUCCUCACGGCUCUCAACCUGACAGACGUGAAGGACACCCUCAUUGUUCUCACUGCUGAUCACUCACAUGUCUUCACUCUCGGCGGAGACAAUACGCCGAGAGGUCACCCACUCACAGGACUGGACGUGGAGAUGAGUGACGUGGACGGGAAACCAUAUACCAUCCUCCUGUACGGCAAUGGACCAGGUUACGCUCAUUCCACGCCUACGGGAAGACAGGAUCUCACUGGCUUCAACACUCAAGACAUAAAUUUCGUGCAGCAGGCAGCUGUACCCAGAAAGUACGAGACGCACGGCGGAGAGGACGUACCAGUGUACGCCCAAGGACCGGGGUCCUACCUCUUCUCCGGUACAGUGGAACAGACGUACAUCCCCCACGCCAUCGCCUACGCCUCCUGCAUCAGCGACGACAACACGCACUGCGAAAAACCGCCCAGCGACGACGCCUGCGCCUCCAUUCCCGCGUCGGGACACUCCCAGAGUCACGUCCCACCUCCUCCAAUCUCGGUCCAACAACAUUCGGAUCACGACAACGUGGUGGUCCACCUGCCGGAUCAGGACCUGGAUCCCUUGGGGAUGCACGACCCUAGGACGGCCUACGAGCCUUACCCGAUCCACGACUCUCUCCCGGACGACUACGACCCAUAUCCCGCCCACGCACCCGCUUCCAUCCACGACUCAGAUCCCAUCCGCGAUCCUAUUAGCGUCCACGACCACAUAUCCAUUUACGAUACGUACUCGGCUAAUAAUCCCGCCCCUGUGCACGACCCCGCGUCCGCCUACGACUCCCACGCUGGGUCUAAUUCCUACGGCGGGUCUAACCCUUACACCAACUCAGAUCCUUACUCCGACACGAAUGGCUACUCCGGUGCGUCUAAUCCUUUCGCUGCGCCCAACCCAUACGCCGUGAAUAAUCCGGUCCCCGCUUAUGACCACUAUCCAGGGCAUUACCCCUCGCUGGAUAGAAACCAGGACCAUCACGGCCUGCCGCCCAUCCACGAUUCUUACCCGGAACCCAAUCCGUACCCUGUCCAGAAUCCUAUCCCCGUUGAGGUCCCUCAUCCAGCACCGGCGGCUAUUCCAGUUCCAGCGCCCACUUCCAGAAGGCCCCUCGGCCACACGACGCCAGCGACGGAAGAUCAGCGAAGAUCCAGAGACCCGUAUUCUUGGAGUGGUGCUUCCAGGCCUCUUGUUUUAUGGACCAGUAGUUUUCAGUGGCACACGCUGACCACUCUCCUUGUGGCCACUUUGGUGCGAAUAGGGGUGUAGAGUUUUUUUUUUUUUUUUUUUCUUGAGUGUAGCUUUGUUCCCAGCAUAUUCUUACAUAACGUACUUAUCGGAAAACUUGUGUUUUUGAAGGUGAUAUGAGAUUUCUGUUGAAACGAUCAUUUCUUGCAAACCUCAGCCAGAGAGAGUUCCCUUUUUUCUGGGGUCUUGAACUGGACGAGCCAAAAAUAGUCAGUGUUGAAAUGUUCUUUGUUAUGUAUCAGUAAAUUCGUUGGUGUAUAAAAGUCUAUUAGAAGCUUCCUAUGGAAAAGUUGUCCCUUUUUGGAAAUGACUUGAAGCUUUUUAUCUUGUUACUACGUGUAAGUGUCAGAGAAAAAGAUCGAUCUUAGAAAGCGGUGAAAGGCAUGACAUUAAAAAAAUAAAAAGUGAGCGAAUGACAAUCACAAAGUGAAGGAAAUAAAUCCUUAAGAAUUAAAAAAAUGAUCUCUCGCCGUUCGGUAAAUUAAAUUCAUUGCAAGUGACAAAUUUCAACAUGUGACAAGGAGAAUAUUAUUAUAAAACCCAGUUAUGAGUCAACGAAAUAAGUAUUUUAACACAAUCGUGUGAAUAUAAUAUGUGUUUUAGAACAUGUAAAUUUACCAGGAAAUUUUUGGUGUUCCUAAAACGUUCAGAAGACAUUCUAUGUAUAGACUAACUGCUAAAUAUGAAACGAAGAUUGUCUGUGGCUUCUCUAUAUAUAUUCGUAUCUUUUCUGUUCGUAAAUAUAAAACAAUAACUCGGAAAAAUCUAGACUAUAGGGUUCAAUAUAACGGGAAUUGAAAUCAAUUUGAAACGAACGCUCCUUCCUUUAUAACUUCAGUCACCUGUGAUUUCAUUCCAUCGGAAAAAAAAAAAAAACAUUAUUUCUCUUGGGGAAAAGAAGGGUUUGCGUUUUAAAAGACAGAUAUUUAAUAGAUCACUGUUUACAUAGGUAUAAGGAAACUGUAUCCCUCGAUGUAAAUUUCAUAUGCGUAAUGUACGCUGUACGGUCUCCACCAGUCUCACCCGAUGUAAAUCUGCUAUGUAUAUACUAAAAAAGACAUUUAUUUUUACAUAAUGUUACCCUUGUAAAUAAAGUUUUAAAAUAA